UUUGGACUCAUUGUACUUAACAUCACACUUACCAGCACAAAUUACAAAUCAGUGUCUAAUUAUCCAACAUCUCAAGUCACUGUGCUCUUUGAUCCUAGAUUCCUAACACACUCUGCUAUUUCCAUAGCUGAUUCUCACAGUUUUGGCUUCCAUGGCAUCCUGCUCUUUUUUUCUCCCAAAACCAAGCUGCCAACACCUAUGUACACCGUCAAAAAUCCCUGGUAGUUUUUGUUUAACACAGAGAAAUCUUUCACUUCAGAGACAUGGGUUUCAGUUUCUGCAACAUGGGUCUAUUAUAGAAUCAGUGAUUGUUAGAGUUUCUCACCAACCUGAAGCUUUGGUUGGCAACUCCUAUUCCGAUACUCAAGCAUUUGAUGUUCCAAUUAUCAGCUGCUCAGAGGCUAUGGAAAGGCUAAGAACAAACAGGGAAAAACACAAAGGGAAGCAGCAAUUCUUGGCCAUGUACUCUAGCAUAUUUGGUGGAAUUACAACAGAUCCAGCAGCUAUGGUAAUACCCUUAGAUGAUCACAUGGUGCAUAGGGGGCAUGGGGUCUUUGACACUGCUGCAAUAAUGGAUGGGCAUCUAUAUGAAUUGGACCAACACCUCAAUCGUAUUCUAAGCUCAGCAUCUAUGGCCAAAAUUAAUCUACCCUUCAAUCGGGAAAGUAUAAGAAAAAUACUUAUACAAACAGUUACCGCUUCUAAGUGUCAGAAAGGGUCACUAAGAUACUGGCUCUCAGCAGGACCUGGUGAUUUCCAGCUAUCUCCAUCUGGUUGCCAGCAACCAGCUCUUUAUGCCAUUGUUAUCCAGGAUCAUUCUCAACUUGAUUCAAAAGGUGUAAAGGUAGUAACUUCGUCAGUCCCAAUAAAACCCCCAAAAUUUGCCACAAUGAAGAGUGUAAAUUACCUUCCUAAUGUGCUUUCAAAAAUGGAAGCCGAAGAGAAUGGCGCAUUUGCUGCUAUUUGGCUGGAUAAUGAUGGGUUCAUUGCUGAAGGACCUAACAUGAAUGUAGCGUUUGUCACAAAGGAAAAAGACCUUAUUAUGCCUUACUUUGAUAAAAUCUUAAGCGGAUGCACAGCUAGACGAGUUUUGGCUCUAGCUGAAGGGCUGGUGAAAGAGGGUAAACUUCAUGGAGUAAAGGUAGGUAAUUUGACUAUAGAGGAAGGAAAGCAAGCAGAUGAAAUGAUGCUUAUAGGCAGUGGAAUUCUCGUUCGCCCUGCCGUGCAGUGGGAUGAGCAGAUAAUUGGCGAUGGCAAAGAAGGUCCCAUAACUAUGGCCCUUUUGAAUCUUAUAUUGGAGGAUAUGAAGUCUGGUCCCCCAGCUGUGCGAGUACCAGUUUCAUAGCUCAACUAUUGUCUUUUGGUGCUGCAAAGUGGGACUUCAAGCCUGAAAAGCCUUUGUUCCGCUCCUUGUCACUUGUGGAGGCCGUAUUAUGUUUGAGAUGGACAGUGCUGUUGCUUUUUAUGAUUUUUCAGUUGAAAAACUCACAUUUUACUUUUAAUACACAUCUAUUUAUGUGGACAUUGAUUUCUUUUAAGACCAAAUAUUAGCUCA